UUACUGUUUUAUACUGUAUUUUCCAAGAGCAUUCUGUUAUUAAAUUUGUUCUUUGGUAAUAGAUUAGGUAUGUAGGAUCUGAGUCAACCGAGGACAGUGUAGCUACCCUUUCAAGAAGGCUUGCAAAAUUGCAUUUUAUGACCAUGUUCCUGGGGCCUGGAACAUUCCACUUUGGGUUUGUUUUGACACGAUCCUCACAGUCAAGAGCUGAGGUGUCCAUGCAUCAGGGCACAAACCUCUUAAAUAUACAUGAGUUUGUGUUUCUGCUUCCUUCCCUAUAACUUUGUUUUUUAAAAAUUUAAUUUAGGGUGUUGGUGGGGGUGUCGCUGCUGCUAAGAUGGAUCGCAAACUGCUGCUCUCACGGUGCCCCUUGGGCACCAUGUCCAACAACCUGAGAAUUCUGUGUGGGGAUUCCUCCCUGGAGCUGAGCGAGUACCAGGACCAGCAGUUUGGUGGAGAUAAUGAUGAGCAGGAGAAAUUGUUGAAGGACAGCUCCACACUCUAUGUGGGGAAUCUUUCCUUUUAUACUACUGAAGAGCAAAUAUAUGAGCUCUUUAGUAGAUGUGGUGAUGUCAAGAAUGUAUUUAUGGGCCUGGAUAGAAUUAAGAAAACGGCAUGUGGUUUCUGUUUUAUAGAAUACCAUAACAGAUUUGAUGCCGAAAAUGCCAUGUUGUUCCUAAAUGGGACCUGCCUAGAUGACCAUACUAUCUGCACAGAUUGGGAUCUCGGCUUUAGAGAGGGUAGACAGUAUAGCCAUCACCGAUCUGGGGGCCAGAUAAGAAAUGAGUUUCGUGAAGAUUCUGAUAUUGGUAGAGGUGGCUUUGGAAAACAGGCUCAGGCCCAUGAUAGGAGAGGAAUCCAUUAGUGAAAAACUGGCAACUCUGGCCCCUGGAAAAGUCUAUUAAAGAACACAACAACAACAACAACAACAACAACAAAAAACAAAAACAAACAAAAAAAAAAAACACCAGGUCAGCAAAGAACCCAAUUUGUCACAAGUUGAAAUUACUUUAUUUGCUGAGCAGAGGCCCUUUGUUGUAUUUUUCUGUUUGAAAUGUUAUUAAA